CCGAAGUGCGGCUCGUGAUAAUCAAGAAAUAAUAAGAAGAGGUUUGUUUCCAUAGGGCGGGGAGGAGGGGCACAGCAACGUCCCUCCCUCAAGAUGAUCGGACUUCAACUCCCAGCAUCGCCCGCCAGCAUAAACCAACGUCAAGGCAUCAUGGGAGUUGUAGUCUGGGAGCUGACAGCGGUGAGCGUGGUUAUCGAAACAAACCGGAAGUGGCUAGAGCGAGCGCGACGCGUUGCUAAGCAACGGCUGUAAAUAACCUCCAAAGGUUCUGAUGGGUCCCGAGAACUUGCGCCAGGGCGCGCGCCAGCCCUAGUUGCCAUAGCGACCGAGGCGCCCCGAGGCCUAGUCGCCUUUCUGACUGGCCGAUCCCUGCCUCGCGUGGGACUGCGGCCGGUAACGGCUGCCAGCCUGGCAGGCCACCAGGAGGAGCCUCACCUCUCAGGACAAAUACAUACUAACCUUCCCACAAACACCGGACGCCUUUCUCCGGAGACCGAGAGGCCGAUCCGAAUCGAACACACACCUGUUUUCCUACUUUAUGUUUGAACCAGUCGCCCGGAGGCUUUACUGGAAAUGCUGAAUGGCUCAGUUGCAGCUGACUCCGUGUUCACAUAUGGAUCCAACAGCAUGCAAUCCAAAUCUUCGCCAGGAGAGAUGUCGCACAGAGGCGCUCAAAGAACAGUCCCAGCUAAAGCACCUGAGGACUAAUAUCCAGCAACAGCACAUGUCCAGCAAAGAUAAGAAGCAGUCUCAUCUUCAUAUCCAAAAAGGACACAGUGCUUCCUCUUCUCAGUCUGCAGAAAGCACUCGGCUGAUUUUAGAGAAGGCAGGCUUCUAUUCCGCUGGCCCUUGCGACUGGUACCUCAAAGGCCAAGCCAGCUCUCUGCCCUUUCAUUGGAGAACCAAACGGAGAGAAGGUGUUGACAGGUCAUACCCACUUAAACCAGUCUUUCAUCCUAACGUGGGGAAUCCUGACCUUUCCAGUUCCUCAACCAGAGAGACUCCUAUUGGUACUAGCUCAGAGAAAAAAGGAAGAUUACCUACUGUCAAGGUUCAGCAUAGUAGAGUGCCAUGCCCUUCUCCUAUUGAAGAAUCCAAAAAAGCAACUUCUCAUUCACAGUGGGCAGAGUCGGGCUACAUUCAAAAACUGGAGGCUGCUGGACGGAGCUUGGAGGAAGAGAUCCAGCGAAAGGAGGCCCUCCUCAGGGAAAAGCUGAGGAGAACAGAAGAUGAGCUUCGAAGAAUCCAGUGGGAAAGGCAGCAGGCUGAGGCAGAAGCAAGAAGGGAGCAAGGAGCACUAUGGGUCCCGGAGAGGAAAGCAGCAGGUAUUGUGCCGGAUUGUUUUUCCAGAUCUACAGUCCAACUUCAUGCCUGUCAAAAGGCACAUGUUUCAGAGAGCCCCAUAGCCUCAGUGGGGUCAGUGGGGGUUGCUGUGCUUCCCAAGACAAUUCAUAUUGAAAGGCUAAAAAAACAAAGGUUGGUGGCCAGCAACAGUAAAAUUCAAGAAAACGCACACCACAUUUCAGCCACUACUAGCUCAGAAAGGGCUCCUGUGCAUGACCCAGCUGUUUCAGUAGCAACCCCUUCAGAGCAGGUUGACUGUUUGGCAGCAGAACCAUCAUUACAUAGGGAGGCUCCAAGCGGUGUGGAGGAGAGGGCAGAGUGCUGUAUCUGUGGGAGGAGACUUUACCGCUCCAGACUGGAGAAGCAUGUAAGCAUCUGCAGCAAGAAUCAUGGCUCCAAGAGAAAAGUGUUUGAUUCGAGCAAAGCUAGAGCAAAGGGCACAGAACUGGAGACUUAUCACCUCAUGAAUGGCUCAGAUAUCUCCAAGGGAAAAACUUCCAAUCAGUGCUCUGAGGCUUCCAGGCAAAGCAGUGACAGAUCUAAGCAAAGCAACUGGAAACAGAAGCAUGAAUCUUUCAUCACGACAUUGCGCAGGGCUCGUGAGGUCCAACGAGUAAUCUCCAAAGGGGGGAAGGCCUCAGAUCUACCCCCAGCACCUGCCAUGAACCCAGACUACAAACUGUGCCCAUAUUGCAGCCGUCAGUUUGCACCUAAGGUAGCUGAGAGACACAUUCCCAAGUGCAAGAACAUUAAGAACAGACCCCCACCACCACACCAAAAGAAACAUUGCUAGUAGUGGACCAAGGUGACUUCUGCAACUACCAGUUGAAUUGAGGCUCACUGCUGUUUCCCUGUUCAACAGUGUUUCCAAUAUUGUUGCUUUUAAAAAAUACUAAAGUAUAAAAUUAGUGAAAAGCCCAUGAACUAUGAACAGAUUGAUUAAAGCCUUUGUAUUAUAUGCUAAGAUCAGAAUAUUAAGAAAAUAGAGAGGUUUUUCAUUUUCUGGGGCUGCUACUAUAAGUGCUCAGUUCCCCUCCUAUGUAAUUGUUCACAAGAAUUGCUUUGGCAGAAAGUGGAAUUUCAGUCUACCCCUUACAAUGUUGCAUUGGUAUGCUAUAAAGAAGUCCUACUGCCAAAUAUUGGAAAGGGAUUAUCACUGCCUUCUCCCAUGAGCAGUUUCUUCUAGACAUCUGCUAAGUGGGACCAUAAUUCUUUGUUUACCUAUCCUGCUGGGGACAUUUUGAGUUUCCUAGGUUUUAAAGCUACCUAAAUGUACAGUUUUGUGUUGACGACAACAACAAAAAAGCACUUUUCUUCAGUAUAAUUCAAAAUAAGAUUAAUAUUAUUAGCCUAACAACUGCUACUAGCAUAACAACUGGAAACGUAUGAUACUUUUUUGAAUGUAUCACACUGAAUUCAGUGCUUGCUAGUGGAACGUUUCUGUCAAUCUCACCCCAUGCUGCCUAAAAAUCAGCAUUGGUAGGUUUCCUGGCACUCCCGACUUGGUUUUUAGGGCAGACAGGUGUGCAGCAGAAAGCAGGGAGAUCACCCUUUCCUGAUUCAUCUAUUCUACUAGUAAAAGUCCAUCCUGAGAUCCUGCCUACUGCAUGUUCCUUCUCAUAUUUGAUUUGGAAGUUUCUAGUCACCUAGUCUCUAUAGUCACUUUCUUUGCCCAUGUUCAGCUACUAACACUCAGUUUGUCUCAUCUCUUCAAAGGUAUCUCUAAGAAAACAGCUGCAUAGAAACUAGAAAUGAUUAUAUUAGGAUAUAUUAUUUCAGUGUGAUCUGAUGUUGCUCAUUUCCUACACCUUUAUGCAGCCAUAACCUCAAGGAAAAGGAAAUGUGAGAUGGUUCAGGAAAUAUGCAUUUGGGAUAGUUGUCACUUUAGCAGCUAAGACAUCUGAGAGGUGGCCAGCCAAAGGAAGUGUUCAACAAAUAAGGAGAAUGAUAUAAACAAAUAAGGAGAAUGAUAUACAAAAUAAAACAGCUGGCAUUCUUACAGUGUCAAAAACAAAUGUAAUCUGUAGGAAAAUAUGAAUAACAUGGUAAUUUGUAUGGCAAAGCAAAAGUAUAAAUUAUUAACUGGGAAUCCAAAGCAUGGAAGAAUAUACUGCCAUUUUGUCACAAUUUCUUCCCAAAUACCAACUUCAUUUUAUGCAUUAUAACAUUUUAACAUUACGUGGUUCAAAAGAAUUGCUACACAUUUUCUGUUAGAUCCAAAAUACAAGACUGAUGCAAAAACCACUUCUCUGCACUGCAUGUAUAGCCCCUAAAAAUUCCCCUUGUUUUUUUUUUUAACAAGUGUUUUUAAAUCCAAGAAGGUUAUCAAAGCAAAGGGGCUCAACUUUCCCUGGUACCAGACAAGUGGAAGAUAUAGACCCAUUUCAGAAGGAAUUAGAGAAAAAUCCAGGGCCUAUUUCAGGUGGUGGCAGUUUAAAAAUUAUUUCUAUAAUAAAAUAGGCCUGUCAUCCUUACAGGUAGAAAAACCAGAAACGUGCAUUAUUUAAAAAAUAAAAUACUAA